AAUGCAAAUAAAUAUUUAUAGAUUUAUGAAAAUUUUGAUCGUAACACUCCCCGACUUUUCAGUCAGCAUCUGAACAUCGUACGCCUCUCCACACAGAUUGGUAAACAAAAUUUAAGAAAAAAAAAAAAAAAUAAAUAAAUAAAAACAAAUCAAUAUAUAUAAGUCAAGCUGAGAGUAUGUCACAAGCGCAUUAUUCCGAGGAGGAUGAGCUGCCCAAACUGGAGUCCAUCAGCAAUGCGGUCAAGUGCGAGCAGACGGGCCACAUUAUGGAGGCGAUACUGCUGUAUGAGGAGAGCAUCUUCAAGCUGAAUCAGCUGGCCAAUUCGGAUCCAAAGAAACAGCAGCUCUAUCUCAAGUACCUGAAGAUGUACGAGGCGCGCGCCAAUCAGCUGCGCGAUCAGGUCAAGGCUCAUUUGCACUCCAGCAAGAUGCUGGAGCACAUCACCAUCGAACGGGAUGCCAGGGGACGAGGCUAUCAGCGUCUGCUCGGCGCCUACUUCAACGACAGUGUGAAGGAGGCGCAUCUGAAUGAGCCGCAGCUCUGCGAGCAGCAUCAUUUUAAGAAUCUGGUGAAUUUCUUGGAAGUGCUGGUCAAGAGCUGUCGCUACUUGAAGUACAUACGACUGACGACGCGGCCGGAUCUGGCGUUGCCCAAGAAUCAGUUGCACAUCCUGCAGCAGAUUCGCGCCGAUCUGGCCACGGGCAACAUUCACAUGAACUUCCAGCUGGAUGAGACGCUGCACGAUCGCAAGAUCGUGCUCAGCUCCGGCGUAGUCAUCAAGAUCGGACGCGGCCUGCACUAUUUCGAGCCGUGCGAACAUCUCUAUACGCUGGGCCUCUGCGAUUUCGAUUUUCGCAAAUGCCUGGCCACCGAGGUGGACGUGUGGAAGUGCCGGGCCUUUGCCAAGCCGCUCCGGCAACAGCCCGAGCAUCCCGUCUACCAACCGACCGCGCCCAAGGACAUCGAGCAACGGGCCCACCAGGGCAUGCCCAGCAUCUACUCGAGCGAAUAGUGGGCCGUAAAGAAAAUUUGGCUUAUUGAGGGUAUACAGACUGCAGCAUUCCUGGUCGAAUAUUCACAGACUCAAAGAAAAUUGUGGUAUUAGAGAUGAAAUUGUACAAAUAUAUGAAAACUAGAUACAGACACAGAUGGA